AUGUCGGAGCAACGGUACCGUCUGGUUGUGCUAGGUUCUGGUAAAGUCGGAAAAACCGCAAUCAUCCGGCGGUAUCUCUAUGGAUCUUUUGAGGACAAAUACAAAGAAACUGUUGAGGACCUUUAUUCAAGAGAUUUCAACUUACAGGUAUUUGUUUUUGCUUUACAAUUUACAAAGCAGUGA